GCUCCUAUUCAGACAUGAAAUAAGUCCUCCAUGUUCGGUUCAAAGAGUCAGAGCGGUCUGAUUCCAGCACGCCCCUGUUAAGGACUCUCUGGUGGCUGCGACGCUGAAUCACGGGACAUGUACGGCAGUGCCAGAGCUGUAGGCCAUGUAGAGAGCAGCCCCGUACGAUCCCCGCGCCUGCCACGGUCCCCCCGACUGGGCCAUCGAAGGGCGCACAGCGGGAGCGGGGGUGGUGCGGGGGGCAAGACGCUCUCCAUGGAGAACAUCCAGUCCCUCAACGCCGCCUACGCCACCUCGGGGCCCAUGUACCUGAGCGACCACGAGGGCGUGGGCUCCACUGCCACCUACCCGAAGGGGACCAUGACUCUGGGCCGCGCCACCAGCCGUGCCAUGUACGGGGGCCGCGUCACGGCGAUGGGCAGCAGCCCCAACAUCGCUUCGGUGGGGCUGCCUCACGCCGACCUCCUGUCUUACAGUGACCUGGGCUCCCUCUCCAUGCUGCACCCCCACCACCACCAGGGGGUGCCCUCCGCCCUGCUCAGGCAGGCCGUGAGAGGCAGUGGGGGGGAGCUGCUGGAGAUGCAGGCCCAGCUCAGGGAGAUGCAGAGGGAGAACGAGAUGCUGCGGCGGGAGCUUGACCUGAAGGACAGUAAGUUGGGAUCCUCCACCAACAGCAUCAAGAGCUUCUGGAGCCCCGAGCUGAAGAAGGAGAGGAUAAUGAGGAAGGAGGAGGCGGCGCGCACGUCGAUACUGAAAGAGCAGAUGAGAGUCACUCAUGAGGAGAACCAGCUGCUGGAUGCCAGGAGAACCAAGCACCUCCAGAUGACCAUCCAAGCCCUGCAGGACGAGCUGCGCACACAGCGAGACCUCAACCACCUGCUGCAGCAGGAGAGCGGAAACCGCUCCGGCUCUGAACACUUCACCACCAUCGAGCUGACGGAGGAGAACUUCCGCCGCCUGCAGGCCGAACACGACAGGCAGGCGAAGGAGCUGUUCUUGCUGAGGAAGACGCUGGAGGAGAUGGAGCUGAGGAUUGAAACGCAGAAGCAGACGCUCGGAGCCAGGGACGAGUCAAUUAAAAAGCUGCUGGAGAUGCUGCAGAGCAAAGGGCUGCCUCCCGGGCCGGGCAGGGCGUCUGAGGAAGAAGAGCAGGAGAGAGCCAGGAGAAUCGCUGAGGCAGAGGCCCAGCUGGGACACCUGGAGGUCAUCCUGGAUCAGAAGGAGAAGGAGAACAUCCACCUGCGAGAGGAGCUGCACAGAAGGAAUCAACUGCACCAAGACCCAAGCAAAACCAAGGCCCUGCAGACCAUCAUAGAGAUGAAAGACACCAAAAUUGCCUCUCUGGAGCGCAACAUCCGAGAUCUGGAGGAUGAGAUCCAAAUGCUGAAAGCAAACGGUUUACUGAACACAGAAGACAGAGAGGAAGAGAUCAAGCAAAUGGAGGUCUACAAGAACCACUCCAAGUUUAUGAAGACCAAGAUUGACCAAUUGAAGCAAGAGUUGUCCAAGAAAGAGUCUGAGCUCCUGGCUCUGCAAACAAAGCUCGAGACCCUCAACAACCAGAACUCAGACUGCAAACAGCAUAUCGAGGUGCUCAAAGAGUCUCUCACUGCCAAGGAGCAACGCGCUGCCAUCCUGCAAACAGAGGUGGAUGCUCUGCGUCUGCGUCUGGAAGAGAAAGAAUCCUUCCUGAACAAGAAGACCAAGCAGCUGCAGGACCUGACGGAGGAGAAGGGUACCCUUGCCGGGGAAAUCAGGGACAUGAAGGACAUGCUCGAGGUCAAAGAAAGGAAGAUUAAUGUCCUGCAGAAGAAGAUCGAGAACCUGCAGGAGCAGCUGCGGGACAAAGACAAGCAGCUGGGGAACCUGAAGGACAGAGUCAAGUCUCUGCAGACGGACUCCAGUAACACAGACACUGCCCUGGCCACCCUGGAGGAGGCGCUGUCCGAGAAGGAAAGGAUUAUUGAGCGUUUAAAGGACCAAAGAGAGAGGGAAGACCGAGAGCGCCUGGAAGAAGUAGAUUCCUAUAAGAAGGAGAACAAGGACCUGAAGGAGAAGGUCAACAGCCUGCAGAUAGAGUUAACCGAGAAAGAGUCCAGUCUAAUCGAUCUGAAAGAGCAUGCAUCGUCGCUGGCUUCCUCUGGCCUCAAGAAGGACUCAAAGCUCAAGUCUCUAGAGAUUGCCAUUGAGCAGAAAAAAGAGGAAUGUAGUAAGUUGGAGACGCAGUUGCAGAAGCAAGCUGAGCAGCUAUUCAGUCACAUGAACAAUCCUAAGGCCCACGAGGUGGAGCAGCAGUCGGGCUCCAGAGGGAACCCGGAGUACGUGGACCGAGUGAAGCUCCUGGAGAAGGAAGUGAGCUACUACAAGGACGAAGCCAACAAGGCCCAGACGGAGGUGGAGCGGCUCCUGGACAUCCUGCGGGAAGUGGAGACCGAGAAGAAUGACAAGGACAAGAAAAUCGCUGAACUGGAAAGCCCCCCUUCCACUGCCCCUCGCCCCACCCCUCGUCCCGGUGGCAGAGCUCCCCCUGACCCGCUCCCUUCUGUGUCAGCUGCUCCCCAGCAGAUAGGGGGCAUGGUGUGGGAUUUCCUGGGAAAUCUAGCUCCCCGACAAGGAGGCAAAGAUUCGACGAAGAAGGGCUCAAACAUCAAACUAGGACCACAAGGUGACAAAAAAGGCUUGGGAGGGGACCCGCGGAAAGACGGCUCCAUAGACGGCAGUCACCACUUGAAGCUGGAGGAGCUGAUGAACACGCUGGAGAGGACAAGGCAGGAGCUGGAUUCCACCAAGCAGCGACUCUCCUCCACUCAGCAGUCGCUGCAGGAGCGAGACUCACAUCUCACCAACAUGAGGCAAGAGCGCCGGAAACAGCUGGAGGAGAUCCUGGAGAUGAAACAACAAGCUCUACUGGCAGCCAUCAGUGAGAAAGAUGCCAAUAUCGCACUGCUGGAACUUUCUACGUCCAAUAAGAAGAAGACCCAGGAGGAGGUGCUCGGCCUCAAGAGGGAUCGGGACAAACUGAUGCACCAGCUCAAACAGCAUACACAAAGCAGAAUGAAGCUGAUAGCCGACAACUACGAAGACGAACAGUAUCAUCCUCAUGGUCCUCACCACCCCCAGCCCCAGCCCCCGCACGCUCAGCCUCAGCCUCAGCCCCAGUAUCCCCACGCCCCCCACGCCCCUCAUGCGCCACACGCCCCGCACGCACCGCACACUCCCCACGCUCCCCACCCCCAGCAGACUCCAUAUCCACAUGGCCAGCACCCACAACACCCGCAGCACCUGCAGCACGCACAACACCCUCAAGCUCCCACGCAGCACCCGCACCCACAGCAGCCCCAGCCACAGUACCCCCACCCGCAACACCCGCAGCACACACAACACCCGCAGCACCCCCAGCAUCCGCAGCACCCGCAGCACCCCCAGCCUCCUCAGCAGCACCAACAGCACCCGCGCCCCCAACAGCCCCAGCACCCCCACCAGCAGCACCCGCAGCAUCCCUCGCAGCACCCGCAUGGCCACGCCCCGCCGCAGCACCCUCAUCCUCAGCACCCACACGGACCCCCCCAGCAAGGACCGCAUCCCCAGCACCCACACCCACAACACCCUCAGCACCCACAGCACCCACAGCACCCCCAGCACCCACACCACGCCCAGCACCCACGGCACCCAUCACCCCACCACCGUGGAGGCCCGGCCCGAGGACCCCCACACUCUGGCCACCGCCCGUCCCCAGACCAGGAUGACGAGGAGGGCAUUUGGGCAUAAUCCUAGCUGUGACAACCAAAGCUCUAAUGUUGUUUUGAGGGAUGAUUCAGUCACUACUGGAGGAGCAGAGCCAUGCCAUGAUGUUGAAACACUACCCGACUAAGCAUUUAAUACCUUCACUCAAUUCGAAAUCAGAAAUAGGACUUUUUUUU